AUGGAAAUAAAGAAAAUGCAAUAUUUAAUAGAAAGCACCACUUUUGAAUGGAGCCUCUUUUUUGGCGCCAAAGCCAAUUCUUCAUCGAUUGCCGACCAUAUCGAAUUGUUAUCUUUGCGGCACACAAAACUGGUUUUAUACGAAGUUUGUACUGUUGUUACCUUUCGUUUUCAGUUAACACUCCAGAUAACGAUGCAGUUGUUCAGUAUUUUCCACUCAAUCCUAAUUGUUUGCUUCGUUCUUUUAAUUGAUGGGACGCACUCGAAACUGAAUCUUAGAUAUGCGAUUCUGAGGCAAAAGCAGGCAGCCAAGUCACAAAAUGACACUUUGGCCUAUCAACAGAGAAUCAAGUACGAUGCCCAGAAGACCAUGAAGGUGGUGUUCUACAAGAACAACACCAAAACCAUGGAAACUUCGGCCUACGACGAUGCCUACGAUCUCAGUGGGUCAGGGUGCUCGCCCUCGGACAAGUUCGCCAUAGUUCUGCAUGGCUGGAUUCAAAGUUGUUCGGACGCGUGGGCGCUGUCACUAAUUGAAAGGCUCAGUUAUUACCGCGGCGGAUGCGUGAUAUGCAUAGACUACAGUGUGGUGGCCAGUUCCUCGUACAUGUGGCUGUACACAUACUUUGACGUCCUCACCGGAGCCAUAUCCUCCAUUAUCCUAACGCUGUUUAGGCAGGGAUUCGACCCAAAGAGAGGCUACAUGUUUGGCUUCAGCUUCGGCGGACAACUGGCCUCGGCAGUGGGCAGAUCCUUACGGCCACACCACAUAAUCGAAAGCAUAGACACGUGUGACAUGGCCGGACCCGGGUUCGAUCCCAUUGCAGUUGACCACUCCAAGGCCGGCAAGCAUGUGCAGUGCUUCCACUCGAGCCGCGACAAGGGCACCUUCGUCUACUCCUGCCACCGGAACAUAAUGCUGGGCAGCUGCGGCCUCAAGCAGCCUUCGGUGGCCAGCCAACUUCACCUGGGCAGCCAUGGCCUCUGCGUCGACAUAUACAUCAACACGUUCGACUAUCCCUUUUACGCGCUGAACUCCACUCCGCCGGAAUGCUUCACGUGGCAAAAGGCGGCCAGGAUACCAGAUGGCUACACAGUGGGCUACGAGGAGAACUUCGACAGCCAGAUAACGGGGCAAAUCUUUGUACCCACCAGCUUGCACUACCCCUACAACUUGUCCAAAAAACAGCUAAAGCUGCUGGCUAUAGGUGGUGCUUAGCAGAUCUCGUUCGGAUCAGGAAUCAAGAAUAGCUACCUCAGCAGAUUUAUGUUUAAAUCAAAGUCAACCGAGUUCUAAUAUCAUGUAGGUUUAUUCGAGUUCAGCUCAUAUCGUUUGUAGUUAAGUUUUUAUUCACCAAAAAUAUAUUUCAAAUCAAAUUUGAAUUAUGUAUAUACAUUACAUCGGUAAUCCGGCCACAUCAACCUA